AUGAGUAGAAUCCCAUAUGCUUCUGCUCUAGGAUCUAUCAUGUAUGCCAUGCUCUGUACUCGUCCAGAUGUUGCAUGUGCUUUGAGCAUGACUAGUCGAUACCAAUCUGAUCCAGGUGAAAGUCACUGGACAUCAUUCAAGACUAUCCUCAAGUAUUUGAGAAAUACUAAGGAUAAGUUCUUGGUCUAUGGAGGAAGUGAUGAACUUGUUGUGAGUGGUUACACUGAUGCCAGCUUUCAGACUGACAAAGAUGAUUUCCGAUCACAAUCUGGUUUCAACUUUUGUCUUAAUGGAGGAGCAGUGAGUUGGAAGAGUUCCAAGCAAAGCACCCUAGCAGACUCAACAACUGAAGAUGAAUACAUCGCUGCUUCUGAAGCAGCAAAGGAAGCUGUUUGGAUUCGGAAGUUCAUUGAUGAACUAGGUGUGGUUCCGAAUAUUUAUAACCCAGUGGAUCUUUAUUGUGACAACAAUGGAGCCAUCGCACAGGCAAAGGAACCUAGAUCCCACCAAAAAUCCAAACACAUUCAAAGGAGAUAUCAUCUCAUCGUGAGAACGUUGAUAGAGGAGAUGUGAAGAUUAGCAGAGUCUCAACGGAAGCAAAUGUUGCUGAUCCAUUGUCUAAACCUCUCCCACGACCUAAGCAUGAGAGUCAUACUAGUGCUAUAGGCAUAAAGUUUCUUAAGAUAUGAUCUUGAUUCUAGUGGUAGAUUUUUCUUUUAUGAUAUGAUGUUCAGGUUUACAUACAUUUGGUUAUGUUUUAAAAUUAAAGGAAUUGUUUCAGAUUUAUUUUAUUAUUGGAUAAUUAAACAAAAGUCCCAAAAUGAUUUAUAUCAUUCUUAUAGGUCAUCAAGUACGUGACUUGAUCAUGAAACCCUAUAUGUGAGAGAUGUUAUAAAUUAUUGAGGUCCCUAGUCAAGGUUGUUAACUUGGGACAUUAAUAACCGAGAAUGACUAGUAUGUGAGGUGAUUGAUGACUAAGUUUUAUGGAGUCAUUCAAUAUGUGGUAUUGAAGUCAAGCACAUGGAUAUGUGUUAGAGAACACAUGGUCGGACUGACCCGCUAUUUGAACUCUACAAGAUUGUUAUAUGAG